AUGGAUGUUGGCAAGCUGUGCGCAGCUUUGGCCUCCGUUUACUCGUCAUUGAUUGAGGUUGAGACUGGGAAGCAGGACAAGGUUUCCCGGUUCCACUCCAAGGUCGCACCAGGCAUUGGUGUCGAGCAAUAUCUCACUCGACUGGCCAAGUACUUCCAGUGCCAUGAAUCAUGUUUGCUGCUGGCUCUCGUCUACAUCGAUAGAGCAGUAAAGAUGGAUUCCAUCGUGGUGGUGAACAAGUUCACCAUCCAUCGGCUUUUGGCCGUAGCCACGGUCGUUGCUGCAAAGAUACAGGACGACCUUUUUUUCAGCAACGCUCACUACGCCCGCGUGUGCGGCCUCACACUUCGCGAGCUCAACAACCUAGAGGUGCACUUCAUUUCUCUGCUGCGAUGGAAGCUGCAUGUGCUGGUGAGCGAGUACAGGGAGUACUUGAACAUGGUUAAGCGUAUCGCUU